GUCCUUCUAACCGCCCGGCAGCCUGGCCUCGGGCAGCGGAGGCCGCGGCGGUGCCCGCGCGCGGGGGCAGUUUCGCUUGGACUGAAGAAGCGCAUUUCCUCUCGGUGCAUGUUUUUCCUCCCUGUUUUAAAGACAGUGACAGCAUCGGAGAAGUAUCCCGGCGGGCCGGGCUGGGAAAGCGCGUCAGCCGCCUUUGCCCAGGGAGAGAGCCCGGGGCCCGGCCGGCGGGGGCGGGGGACAGGGAGCGCGGAGGAGGGGACCGAGGGGGAGAGGCGAGGGAGCGCUAGGGGCCUGGCCGCCCAGCGGGAUGGGAAGGAGCCCGGGCGAGGGGUGGUGGGCGAACGCGGGCGCGUAGCCCCGAGAGCGCUAAACACUAGCGGUCCUCCUCCCUCCGCUGGCGGCUCGGCAGCCUGAACCGCCAGCAGCCGGGGCGCCCCGGGCCGGGGCCCGGGAGGCGGGGCUGGGGCGGGGUCCAGGGCGCGGGCGGUGCAUUGGAGCCGGAGCCCCGGAGCCGCCCGUCCGCGCCGCGCCCGGAGCGAGCCUUGGAAAUGCCCGCGCUGGGCAAGCGGCCGCCAGCCGCCCGGUGGGCCCCUAGGAGACGCUGAAGGUCGCAGGGAAGUGAGCGCCCAGUCACCUGACCCCCGGGGCGCACCUAGGCGGGGCGGGGCCCAUGCGAGCCGAGCGGACGGGGGCCCGGGCGCCGGCGCAGGGGCCGGGAGCAGGCGGCGCAGAGCCGGACCGGCGGGGGCGCGCGGCGGGCGGGCGAGGGCGCGGCCGGGCACCGCCGGCAGCCUCGCCAUGUCCCAGCCCGCGGGGAGGAUGCAUUGCCGAAAGGCGGGGAUUCGCGCCGCCGUGGUGCUCAUCGGACUCCUGCACAAAUCUCGAAAACAGAGUAAAGAGAAAAGGAAGCAGGAGCUGGCCAACAGCUCGGACGUGACCCUUCCGGACCGGCCGCUGUCCCCUCCUCUCACUGCGCCGCCCACCAUGAAGUCUGCAGAGUUCUUUGAGAUGCUGGAGAAAAUGCAGGGGAUCAAGCUUGAAGAGCAGAAGCCGGGACCCCAGAAGAACAAGGAUGACUACAUUCCAUACCCCAGCAUUGAUGAGGUUGUGGAGAAGGGAGGCCCGUACCCCCUGAUCGUCCUGCCCCAGUUUGGGGGCUAUUGGAUUGAGGACCCCGAGAACGUGAGCACACCGACCUCACUGGGCAGCAGCAUCUGCGAGGAGGAGGAAGAGGACAGUCUCAGCCCCAGCACGUUUGGCUACAAGCUCGAGUGCAAGGGUGAAGCCAGGGCCUACCGCAGGCACUUCCUGGGGAAGGAUCAUCUAAACUUCUACUGCACCGGCAGCAGUCUGGGGAACUUGCUGCUGUCCAUCAAGUGCGAGGAGGCCGAGGGCAUUGAGUACCUUCGGAUCAUUCUCAGGUCCAAAGUGAAGACUGUGCAUGAGCGGAUCCCCUUGGCUGGACUGAGCAAGUUGCCCAGUGUCCCUCAGAUCGCAAAGGCGUUCUGUGAUGAUGCAGUAGGGCUGAAAUUCAACCCUGUCCUGUACCCCAAGGCCUCCCAAAUGAUUGUAUCCUAUGAUGAGCAUGACGUCAACAACACAUUCAAGUUUGGGGUUAUUUAUCAAAAAGCCAGGCAGACUCUAGAGGAGGAGCUCUUCGGGAACAAUGAGGAGAGCCCAGCUUUCAAGGAGUUCUUGGAUCUGCUGGGGGACACCAUCACGCUUCAGGACUUUAAAGGUUUCCGAGGCGGCCUGGACGUGACCCACGGACAGACGGGGGUGGAAUCCGUGUACACGGUGUUUCGGGACAGGGAGAUCAUGUUUCACGUCUCCACAAAGCUGCCCUUCACCGAGGGAGAUGCCCAGCAGCUCCAGAGAAAGAGACACAUUGGGAAUGACAUUGUGGCCGUCAUCUUCCAAGAAGAAAACACGCCGUUUGUCCCAGACAUGAUUGCCUCCAACUUUUUACAUGCCUACAUCGUCGUGCAAGCUGAGAACGCGGGCACAGAGACCCCAUCCUACAAGGUCGCUGUCACUGCACGGGAAGAUGUGCCUGCCUUUGGCCCACCUCUGCCCAGCCCCCCUGUUUUCCAAAAGGGCCCGGAGUUCAGGGAGUUUCUGCUCACCAAGCUCACCAACGCAGAGAACGCUUGCUGCAAGUCAGACAAGUUUGCCAAGCUGGAGGACCGGACGAGGGCUGCCCUCCUGGACAACCUUCACGAUGAACUCCAUGCCCACACACAGGCCAUGCUGGGACUGGGCCCCGAAGAGGACAAGUUUGAGAAUGGGGGCCACGGGGGAUUCCUGGAGUCUUUUAAGAGGGCCAUCCGCGUGCGCAGCCACUCCAUGGAGACCAUGGUGAGCAGCCAGAAGAAGCAGCACAGCGGGGGCAUUCCCGGCAGCCUCAGCGGGGGCAUCUCCCACAACAGCAUGGAGGUCACCAAGACUACCUUCUCGCCUCCAGUGGCGGUGGCCACGGCGAAGAACCAGUCUCGGAGCCCCAUCAAGCGGAGGUCGGGGCUCUUCCCUCGUCUGCACAUGGGCUCUGAAGGCCAAGGGGACAGCAGGACACGAUGUGACAGUGCAUCCAGCAACCCCAAGACCCCAGAGGGUGGACACUCUUCUCAAGAGAUAAAAUCUGAGACCUCAUCUAACCCCAGCUCUCCGGAAAUCUGCCCCAACAAGGAGAAGCCCUUCAUCAAGUUGAAAGAGAACGGCCGAGCCAACAUCUCCCGCUCCUCCUCCAGCACCAGCAGCUUUAGCAGCACGGCGGGGGAGGGCGAGGCCAUAGAGGAGUGUGACAGUGGGAGCAGCCAGCCAUCCACAACCUCACCCUUCAAGCAGGAGGUGUUUGUCUACAGCCCGUCCCCGAGCAGCGAGAGCCCCAGCCUGGGGGCAUCCGCCACCCCCGUCAUCAUGAGCCGGAGUCCCACAGAAGUCAAAAGCAGAAACUCCCCGAGGUCAAACCUGAAAUUCCGCUUUGAUAAGCUCACCCACGCCAGCUCCAGUGCGGGUCACUAAUGGGAAAGAGGAGUCCUUCGCUUGUCAAAGGGAAGCCCCGAUUCUGUCUCGGAGAAGGCUCCUAUUCCAGCAGUUUGGGGGUGCCGUCCACUACUCUGUCACAGGCCUGCUUCUCCACUGGCCACCUGCCCACCAGACCAGUGGUCUAUCCCAGGGUCCCAGGCUGGCCACAGCCCAUCCCCGCCAGCACUUCCCCAUCUCCGGACCAGGCCUCAUGCCUCCGGGCUCCCCCUGCUCCUGACCACCCGAUGUGCUGUGUGUCUGGGUCACUUGUCAUCAUGUUUUGUCUGCAAGGGGAUGAGUUGGGCAAGGGGGUACCUGGGGCCCGUCAGAGACCAGAGAGGCAGAGAGAAUGGUGAGGCGGGCAGCAGAGGCCGACAGCAGGCACUGUGCCCUGGGGAGAGGCGACACCGUGUCCUGGACGUGGUAGGCAGGAGGCUGUGGCCACGGCAAAGGCAUUUAGUGGUGGUAGAAGGGGCACCUUUCUAGGAGCCCCAGUUGGUUGCUGUUCUGGAAGGCGUCCUGAUAAAAAUUGGUCCUGCUGCUCCCACGUGUCCGGAGCUCCCAAAUGUCUGUUUGCGUCUGUGCUGGGAGCUUCUUACCCAUCUGCCGACCUCAGGCCCAGGCUGCCUCCAUCCCUGUUGUCCGUGUGUCUCGAGCUGCGUGGCCAGUUGAAGCUGAGACCCAGCUGGGCAUUAGGCUCUUCCUGGAUGGCCUCAUUUCCUGCAGGCCUAUGUGGUGGCUCUGGGAGGCGCCACUGGUCUCUACCCUGUGAGCAGACACUUUUGCCGUGAAGAGGUGGGCACAGGAGUGGGAAGGAAUUCAGGGAAAGGCAGCAGCUGGGACCAAGGGAAACCUCAGGGCUGAGGGCUGGGCUGGGAUUCAGGUCUCUGCCGGUCGUGGAGGUUCUUGGGAGGCACAAGAGUUACUUCGGCCUCUGACUUAGGUGAGGGCCCUAGAGCUGAGGUGGGGCAUGACUGGUCAGGUUGGUCAAGCUACGUGUGGGGAAGGAGCAGUUUCGAUGCCUGGCCUCUGUAGGGGGCCCAGUGCUGCCUUGUGGGGCAGGGGGCUCUUUCUAGCUACCAAGCCCUUUGGGCCCUACCAGGGCUUGCUCCUCAGCCCCCACCCCAAAUCUUCGUGUUCCCCUCUCCAGCCACAGGUCUGUAGACAGCUGUCACGUUGGUGGGAUUCCUGCACCCUGGGCCCUAGCUGGGUGCCGUUCAGACACCACUUGUUGCCUAUACCCUUAGCCAGAGCCACCUUGGCGGGGCUGAGCCAGCUCACACUCUGGGAAGCGGCCCCAUCCUUCCUUCUCCCCCGUCUGAGUCUGCGGUGUGAUAGGUCAUUUCCGCUGCCUGGCAGUGGUGGGGUGUCAGGCAAGGCAUCUUCCAAGGUAAACAAAGUCUGAAGAGCAGACCCUUGAGGUGCUACAGCUCCAAGUACAUACGGGGCCUCAGUGACAUGGGGCUGCCAGGCUGACACAGGCCGGGCUCCUGCUUUAAUGAGCAUGCGAUAAAAAUUUCCAACCAAAUGCUUUAUUCGCCUUGGGAUCUGGGCCUAUUCCCAAGGCAGGACAUGUAAAUGUUACUCUCGAUUUUGACGGAUGUGGCAGUUGCCCCAUUGCUUUUACUGUUAGAGCAAAAACCUUGAUCCUGCAUCCCCAACGCACGUGGACUUUGUGGGACCCAGUUUGCAGCCUUGGGUGGACCUCUCCCCUCAUACUUUCUGGAAAAUAUGGUUCCUUCAAGUACUAGCCUGGUAAGAUUGAUUCUAGUUAGCAGGUCAACCAAUGUCUGUUUAGCUUUUAUUAAAAAUCCCUGUAGCAGCACCCGCUGCUGGAAUGAGGCCCGCGGAUUCUGGCAGCGUUCUGUUGGCUGGGUUUCUGAAGGAACUUGAAAGGUCAAAAUGCAUUUCUUUAAAAACUGUUCCAGGUUCUGGCUCGCGUCUCUGGGUAGCUGGUAUUUACAGCUGCCUGGUGGUUGUGCUGUGCUGUGUUUGUCGUGGUUUAGGGGUCGUCUGGGGUUUUCAGGUUGUCCCCGUUCUGUGCUACUUGGGAACCUUCUAUCUACCUUCCCCAAUGCUCUGGCUGCUUGCCCUGCAACCCCCACACCCAGCGGCCAGGAUGGCGAGGUGUGUGAGAGGCAUAGGUGGCCCCCCCAGAAACUGACCUUAGAGUGGCCUCUACCCUCUGUUUGCUAAUGGCGUGCUCCUGGCAGGAUCUGAAAUGUCUCUCCCUUGGGUUCUGCCUCAUCACACCUAGAAAGUUCAUCCUGUGGCUUCCAGAGUGUCCAGGACCAGCCCCCACCUCAGGUCCCAGGGCUAAAGGGGAGGCGGAGGACAGGGACAGGCCAGUUUCCCUCAUCCCUCUGGACCACAAAACAGGCAGCCUGGGUCCAGGAGGCUGCUUCCUUCGCACCCCUUGUGCAUCUGCUUUCCUCUAAAAUGUCUUUCCUUUUAUUGCCCCAGCUGGUCUUGGGGCUCAGCGGUUGCUCCAGCCUCACUGGUCCUUGCGACUAGGCUCAUCCUGCGGUGCUCUUACUGGUUUUUGAGGCGUCCCCCAGGAGAAGUGUCUCUGGCUCUGGGACCUGCGUGACUCACAGAAGAAGCUCUACUUUUCAGGCUCUGUAGGGCACCCACAUACCUCUGGUGACUUGAUGCUUAAAAACAGAUACAAAAAGAGCUCAAGAGAGAAGGUCUUAGCCAGCGUUUCUGUCUAUGCUCAUGAAUGGAAAUGGUGUUUCUGGAAAACUAGUCUAUGGUUCAGCCUUGUCAGCUUCAUCUCCACGUCCAAGCCUUCUGGGCCCCUUUUAGCAUCGCAUCCAACCGUUUCAUCUUCCAGAUGAGAAACUUCAGCUCCAGCAAAGGGAGAACAGCUUGCUCGAGGUUCGUAGUCAGCUAGUGGCAGAGCUGGGAUGAGAACUCACGAUCCAGAGGUCUGUUUUUGUCACCACCUGUGGGGGUGCUGCAUUUCCUGGGGCCUUGAGUUUGGGAAGAGGCCAGGUAACUGGUGCCUUGACACUGGCUGGGAGGUGUCAGCCGCCUAGGUGCUGGUGGGCCUCUGUCUUGCUUCUUUUAUCAGGAAAGAUGCUCUCUGAGAUGUUGUCCAUGAGAGCCCUGGGGUCUGGGAUGUAGCUGGGGGCAAAAAAAAGAGGGAAGGAACGAGCUUCCAGGAGACUGUUCCAGUGACAUCCAUUCUUCAGCCUUUGUCUGUAAUGGGGGUGGAGGUCAGGCCAAAGAGGCAGUGAACCCGACCUCACUUUCCUUUAUUUUUGCAUUAAGAGGAAAAGCGAUACAAGAAAGCUCUUUGUCCCUCACCCUUAAACAAAGGUGAAAACCUAGGCCUGAUUGUUUAAGGUGCCAAUCCAAACACUACCUUCAUUCAAUUCUCAGUCAACAGAGACAGGUCUGUUGUCGUGGGAGACUGGCCAGAGUUCAAGUAGAUCUUAUGGCUCUUGGUGGCCUGCAGGGACCCCAUGGCUCCUGCCCCCUCCCCCUGGCCUCUAGGGACCCCUUUCUCAGAGGCAGGGUGAAUCAGCAGUUUGCCAGGGCUGUCCCUGCAACCUUGGGGCCCGGCUGGGCAUUCUGCUAGGCUCUGCUAGCUAUUUUCCCACCAGCGCCUUGCCCGCCCCAAUCCCACAUCUCCCUCCUUUCAGCUGGGCCAUGAGCCCCUUUGGGAGGAAGGAGGCAAGUCCCACGAAGGCUGAGGACAGUGAAGUCCUGCCUAGUGAGAGGCCGUGGGGGCAGCGGCCCCGUCCUAUACAUUGUCAGCCCCGGGGAGAGGAUGUUUGGCUGGAAGGACUGGAAUGUAGAUGCCAUCAUUUCUGAUUUUGUGACAUUUCCGCUGGAAGGGUCCCAUCCCCCCUUCCCACUCCUCAGCAUGUGUGCCAGCUCUCCCCUGUCUCGGGCGUGGUCCUUCCGCACUGCAGCCCGGAGUGCUGCCGUUUAAUUGUGACGAGAUGCCUCUGUGUGCUAGAACCCCAGAAGUGUAGCUUGGAAACGAUGACCUGUGUAAUGAUGACUUUUCUGUUUUUCCUCUUGGUGAGGAGGUGAUUUGUAGACCCCUGACUGCCUAGGUCAUGUAAAUAGUGUACAUUUAAUUUAUUGCUAGGGUAGCAUAUUGUAUUUGUUAAUGUAUAAAACAAAUUCUAAAGGUCGACAAAUGUAUAUUUUGUUGCUUACAUGUGUCUUUGCAGAAAUUGACAAUAAAUAAGAUAUUUUGUGUCCGUCA